GAGGUGCCUGCCAGACAUCCUGAAACACACCCUCUGCUUGGCUUUUCUCAAGAAUAUUUUUAAAAAUUUAAAUUUUACAAAUCCAAAAUACACAUCAACAUGAUUUUCCUUUCUUUAUUUUUGUUUUUCUUAUCUUUUCCUUUUUCUUUCUGAAGGUUCCAUUAUCUCUUUCCAGAGAAGGAAUUAUGCUUGAUACCCUUGGAUUCAUUUGUAUGAUAUGGUGGUAUAUGAUGCUAUUUCAUCUCUUGCAUGCUGACUUCCAGUGUAUGGAAUCAGACACACAGGAAUCACCUAUUAUAAAUGUGAAUGUGGACUGGAGAAAAAUGGAACUGUCCUGGGAGAGCAGCAGGAAUUUCUCUGAGUACAAAUGUACCAUCAUGGGCAGAGACGUGGAACGUAUAGGCAUAGAGGUGGAUAGUCCACUAUGCAGCUUUCGAGAGGAACUACAGAAGCCUCUGCACAAAGGGCUAUUCUUCAACAUUGAAGUGCCAAAUACAAAUAUCUCAAAACGAUGCAGCUUUCUCCCUGGAGGCAUGAAUGGGUCAGCCAUUGAAAACUUCUCCUGUGUGAUUUAUAACAUCUUCCUCAUGAACUGCACUUGGCAGGCAGGAAGGGAUGCUCCAGCAGACACACAGUAUUUUCUCUACUGGCAGAAGUCAAGAGAUGAAGAGAAAAUGGAAUGUGAGCUUUACAUUAAAGAUGAAAAUUUCAGAAAUAUGGGAUGUAUCUUCCAAAAUGUGAGCAUAGGGAUUGAAAAAGCUUACUUCCUGGUGAAUGGGUCUAGCAAAGACUCCCUGAUCCAGUUCUAUGAUGAGUACACUGACCUGUAUAAAAUUGAAAUACUCACGGCUCCAUUAAAUGUCACUGCUGAUUGUACCAGAGAUUCAGUGGGUUGCAUAAUUACGUGGCAUCCACCCCUUACAAGUCAUGUGGAAGAAGCAAAGUGUUUUCAGUAUGAAAUUAGCAUACAAAAUAAGGAUGAGCCCAAAGAAGAGAAAGAACUUCCUUGUGUGAGGGAUGACAGAUAUGAAUUCCAAAAUUACAAUGAGAAAAAAAGGUACAUUCUGAAAAUCAGAGCACGUGGGAAAAACUGUCUCGUAAGCACAAACUGGGGGGAAUGGAGUGAACCCAUUGAAUUUGGUCAAGGGAAAGAUUACUUUAUUUUUGUGAUUUUAUUUCUGAUUGCACUUGGAACAAUCUCAAUUACACUUCUUCUGUAUUGUCUUUUCAAAAGGUGCUGCAGUUCCAAGAACAUAUUUCCUCCCAUACCACAGCCAAGAGACAAAUUUAAUGUGUUAACUGAUGAAGAUAUCCAGACAGAAUAUGUAAAUCUAUCAACAGAAUUUCAGACUGAGGAAAUAACUGCAAUUGAAGAGUGAUCCAGCUUGCAAAAAACACACCUGAUACCCCAGCAUGAAAGAAAAUUAUGUAACCUGCUGCUUAGUACUUCAAACCAACCUGUAAGAGCAUAUAAUCACCUAUAAAAUUGUUUGUCCCCUUAAAAUCCACUUAAAAUGGAGCAGAUGAGAAAAACAAGGAGAAAAAACAGUAAUUUUUUUUCUUUUCCCUUUGUUCAAACCCAUAAUGCCUGGCAACUGAGCUUUUCUGCAAGCACUUAUUUUGAAGUGCUUAAACCUUGCUAAGAGGUUCUUCACGAUGUGAGACAAGCUCUCUUAUCCAGAAUAAAGCUGUUUCUUCUUGUCAUUACUAUGAAGCUUCUUUCCUGUCAUUAUGAUUUCCUGUAGGCUGACAGGCUUCUUUUAUAAUGCCACAGUUAUUUUACUGUAAUUUUUAUAUGCUCACAACCAGCUACUUAGAAUGUUUAAAUUUGCUCUUUGAUCUUCCAACCAGUAACACCAAACUAUCCCAAUAUAUGCCAUUAACCUUAUGCAAGACAACAACAGAAAAUAAAAUAAUACUUGUAAAUUGUAACUAUUAAUACCGGUCUGUCAGCCAGACAUUUCAUGAGCUCAGUACUGCCACUGUAAAUAGAUCUCUGCAACACUGAUGCUAUAACAGUUUUGGUAUGUACCUCAUGCACACAAAUAGCAUCUAAAGCCUUCAAAAAAAUCUAACAGUUGUGAGAAACUAAAUAAAAUCUAAUAUUUAAGAGUUAAACCUUAAAUCUUCCUCACAAAUGUAUUUUCAUUUCUUCCUUAAAGCAGUGAAAAUGCUAUUUCCAAUGCCUUUUAAAAAUAAGAGGCUUUAAAUGCCAGUAUUUUCUUUUACGAAUGCUGUAUGUUUUCCUGUUCAUACUUUUCAAAAUGAAUGAAUUUCAGCGUGAUUCAAUAAGACAGAGAACAAACGUGGGAUUUUUUUUUAAAAGUCUCAUUUAUUGUUUACCUCUUACAUCCCUAAACUGCAUCACACAUUGGAAACUGCUGCUGCAUGACUAAGGGAAGCUGUAUAUUAAAAAAAAAAAAAAACCUGAACAUCACAAAUUAGUUCAUAUUGAAUAUACAGCAUAGGGAAAUUGCAGUUCCACUUAAAACACCUACACUUCCAUUUGUUUCUUUUCCUAUUUCUUUUGGUUAAACCUUGUCCUGAAGGGGAAAUUGGGUGUAAAAGUUCCGUCCCUGUCAGGGGCUGCUGAAUUAACUACCAUGUUUGGUUUCUUUCUCAAAGCUUGGACCACCAUACACUCACAGGGAGGUAUCCCAUCAUUAUCUUUACCCUUGCAAGGCACUGAUACAGAAAGAAACCUGAUUAAUGUGUUUAUAUAGACAAAAUGUCUUCUGCUCGCCAGCAAAUAUAUUGGCAGGGUUUACACCAAGUAACCUGCCUGCACUACAGGGAGCUUGUCACUGCCACACAGGAUGUAAGAAUCACUUGCAAAAUAUAUAUUAAGCUUGCCAUUAGCCUGUGUACAAAGUAGUUGUGUGCUGUCCUUACAUUCACAUACAGAUGUUGAAAGCAAUGCUUGUGCAACAGUGAAAGGAAGAAGGUAAAGUACACUCCAGUGAAAGGUAAUAACCAGCCAAAGCCAAGCAGAUAAUUUAAAUACUUAAUCUUGAAUAGCAAUCCCAGAAGGCACAGAAGAACUCAAGACAGCUCAGUCAGCCUUCACCGAGUCACACAAUGACACUUCCUUUCACAAGAUACAGGGAGAGUUCCUAAAACAUAAACACCUUGUUUCCCUCUACCGGUCCCUCUACCAUGUCUUUGCAGAUUACAAAGUACAAAAGAUUAUAUACACAUGUAGAACAGCACAUAGGCAUUACAUUAUCUCAAAGAGCAGUUAUGAGAAAUUACUCAAAUGUGGUCUUCUGACCAUCCCUAAACAUCAACCAGUUAAUACUGAAGGCUGACCUACUUUGAUUAAUUUACAGCUACAUAGAAGCACACACAUUCCUUCCACCACACCCCUUCAACUUCACCUAUUACACUGCAACUCAGUUCAGAUUAAAUUCAACUUUCCACAGAGCUACUGACCACUGCUACAGAGAUGAGGCCAAACAGUAUCUUGAAUGGCACAAUCAACAUUUCCAACUAGCAGCAACAAUACAAUACAUAGGUCACGCAGAAGUUGAAGGCAUUUACUGGGUUCCUGGGUUUUUGCAUGAAAACCAUGAUGCUUCCCAUACCAACAAAAAAAAAGAAAGUAUUUAUUUAGGCUGUUUUACCAAGGGCAAGAGCAUUACUUUUUGACAGUUCUUGGUACUUUGGGUUUUCCUAGCACUACAACUGAACACCUCCCUCCCCCCAUUUUAAACCAUAGAAGCGUUACAUCAAUUCCUAAGAAUCAUGCAAAAAGCCACUUGCAGCAGCCCAUCAUAGACUAUCAGGCACAAAGAAUGGGAGUGAUUUCUAUUAGUAUAACCCAUGCUUCCCCACCCUGCUCUCUAAAGAGCUCACGUU